AGCAGGUCUGAGCGCCUGUCCUCCUGCCAGAGCUGCCUGAGAACUGGACAGACACCCGGGAGACGCUGCUCGAGGGGAUGCUCUUCAACCUCAAGUACCUGGGCAUGACGCUGGUGGAGCAGCCCAAGGGCGAGGAGAUGUCCGCGGCCGCCGUCAAGAGGAUCGUGGCCACGGCCAAGGCCAGCGGGAAGAAGCUGCAGAAGGUGACUCUCAAGGUGUCACCACGGGGGAUCAUCCUGACCGACGGCAUCACCAGCCAGCUCAUUGAGAACGUGUCCAUUUACAGGAUCUCCUACUGCACGGCGGACAAGAUGCACGGCAAAGUGUUUGCCUACAUCGCCCAGAGCCAGCACAACGAGAAUCUCGAGUGCCACGCCUUCCUCUGCACCAAGCGGAAAAUGGCUCAGGCUGUCACCCUCACCGUAGCCCAGGCCUUCAAAGUUGCCUUUGAGUUUUGGCAGGUGUCCAAGGAAGAGAAGGAGAAGAGGGAGAAAGCCAGCCAGGAGGGCGGGGACGGCCUGGGCGGGGGCCGUGGCAGCAGCACCCCCUCGUUGAAGAACCUGGUUGCCACGGGAAACCUGCUGGACUUGGAAGAGAUGACCAAAGCCCCGCUGUCCACAGUCAGCGCUAAUACCACUAACGUCGACGAGGCCCCGAGGCCUCCAGCCUUGAGUAGCAGCAGUGUUGUCUGGGAGCUGGAUGACGACCUGGAUGAAGCAUUUUCAAGGCUCGCCCAGUCUCGGACGAACCCUCAGGUCCUGGACACUGGACUGACAGCACAGGACAUCCAUUACGCCCAGUGCCUCUCGCCGGUCGACUGGGACAAGCCUGACAGCGGCAGCCCCCAGCAGGAGGACCUCUUCAGCUUCUGAGCGCCCGGGGCUGGUGGGGCGUGUGACCACAGCCACCUGCAGUUGCGGGGGGCCCCA